GGAGCACAAAUCUAAUUCAUCUGCAUUUCCUCUACGUGUUUUUGUGCCCCAGAUACCUCCAGAGGAAAGGAGAAGACAGUUCUCUGGAGCAGUUGUCUCUCUUCUUUGCCCAUGCUAUGAUUAGCAGACAUCCCUGGUCCCAGCAUUGGGCAGAGGCAGCAAGAGAAGAGAAAAACAAGGGAAACAGCUUUACCAUUUUUUUCGUCUUGUGACCGAACAAACAGCAAGAACCACAACCACCAGCACCACCACAAUGCAAAUGGAUGUGUUGCAGCACCAUAGUCUUGCUAGCUUGGAGAGAGUAGUAAGUGAAGGUUGCAGAGGUUUGACCACAAGCCUUCGGGGAGGGAUCGAAGCAUUUGAGGACCGCCAGCAGCCAGUGAGCCGGCUGUGCCCGCGGGCUCUCUGGCCGGCCGGGCACCGCUGUCCCCACCGGCCCCUGUCUCCUGGCACUCGCUGUUUGCAGCAAACCUGCCUCGAAGGGCACCGGGCGUCCCCGAGGGGCACCUCUGAGGCCGCCCCUGUGCUGGCGGCCCCGAGGCCCGGCUGCCGCCGCACGGGGGGCAUCCAGCUGUUGCCGACAGCUGAGUGUCAGCCCCGGCCGCGCCGCGGCCGAGCGCGGGGUCCGCCCCGCCGCCGUCCCCGCCCCUGCGAGGAGGAGGAGGAGGAGGAACCGAGAGUGACCGACCCGGUGGCUUUUAGGGGGGAGGCCACUCAGUUGUUAGAGCCCAGGCCCUGCACUCCUCUUCCAGCUGCUGUUUCUGCUCGUUUCCAGCACUACGGCCGCCAGGCUGGCUGCUGCCCGGCCUCCCCUCCUCCUUUUGCCGGUACCUACCUCAAAACCGCCCGAGGCUGCGAGGCUCCGCUCUUGAAGGAGGAGGAAGCUGGGUCUGCAAAGGCAGAAGGGAAUUGCAUUGUAGCUGGGUGGCGGGGGGAAAACGGGGGGCGGGGGAAGAGAGGAGAGAGGAAAAAAAAUUAA